AUGGACGAAAAAUCCCCACCUUUCUUUCGAGUCUCAACUGAUGACCAAGGCGGAAUUGCGGUCGUUGUGGUCCUAAAUUCAAUCAUCGUUUCUUGUGUCGUAUGCGGCAUUCGAGCUUUUAUUGCAAAGAAGCAACAUCUCGGCUUCCAGUCAGACGACAUAACUUUCUAUGUUGCGGGAGUGUUUGGAAACUUGAGCGCAAUAUGUGUAUAUCAUGCUGUCGUGUCUGGGAUGGGCAAACGGAUCGAUGCAGUUAGCCCGAAAAGUCUAGACUCAUUUUAUAAGGUCAGCAAUGUGGCUUCCAUGCCAUCAAUUUGGUGA